GGGUUCACUGUCUUCCAAGGUCCCAGCAGCAGCGUCCGCCCGGCCCCGCGUGGGCGCGGAGCUGCUUGGAAUGGGGGCUGUUGAGGGUCUUCCGUCCCACACCUGCUAAGGCCCUAACUGAUACGGCUCCUGCCUGUCUCCCCACUCCCUCGUCCUCACGCUCCUUCCUCUGAGGGCUUUGCGUUUGAGGUAGAAUAUCUAGAAGCACGUUUCCUUUCAGCCUAGACCCGCCUCUCCCUACCAACUCCGUGUAGCUCUGUACUGAGACGCCUGGUCCACCAGGUGGCGCCGCAGCCUACACCCAGAGCAUCCUCAAGGGAGGGAGGGCCAGGCCCCCAGAAAAAGAGCCUCGGUCCUCUCUCGGAGGUGUUGGAAACUAAGCUUGACUGGCAAGAAGGUGUCUGCUGGCUGCUGAUCUGGGGAAAGAACAUUCCAGGCAGAGGGACUGCAGAGACAAUCAACAGGGACAUGGACAAAGAGUGAGAGACGCACAGCGAAAAGGAGAGAUACAGAAUUACAAAGAGGCACUCAAAGAGGAAAAGUGAGAAAGAAGAAACAGGUGGGGCCGAGACUGAGGGACGAAGGAGAGAAAGGAGAUGAGUGAUGAAGAUCCUGAGAAAAGGAACUUAGGGAAAGUUUGGCCGGAUGGGACGGGGGCAGGGCGCUGAGGUCCCCACUCGCUCCGCCCCGGAAAGCGGGGCUUCCGGAUUCUCUAUAAAGCGCGUAGCCCAGGGCCCGAGCUGUAGCCGCCAGUCGCCGGCCAUGCGCUCUUCCUCAGACGCCGUCCCGGACCCCGAGGCCCCGCGGCCGCCCGCGUCUCCAGGCCACUCCUGCCACACGCUGCCCUGGGCACUGAGCGCGGCGCUGCUGCUGCUCGCCUCCGCGGCCUGCGCCGCCUGCGCAGUCCGCGCCUGGGGUGUGCCCGGGAGUCCCGCCUCGCCCGGCCCCAGCCCCGCGCCCAGCUCGAGACUCCCAAAGGUUCCCGAGCUCCCGCCGGACGCCCGCUCCGGCCUCCCCGACUCCCGGCAGGGCAUGGGAUUGUUCGCGCAGCUGGUGGCCCGAGAUGCACUGCUGACGGAAGGGCUCCUGCACUGGUACAGUGACCCGGGCAUGAAAGAUGUGUUCCUGGCACCGGGCGUGAGCUAUGAUGAGCGCACACGGGAGCUGGUAGUGGAUGAGGCCGGCAUCUAUUUUGUCUUCUUUCACUUGAAACUGCAACACGUGGUGGCCAGCCCUGGCUCUGGCUGGGUCUCCAUUGCCCUGCACCUGCAGCCGCUGGGUGCAGGGCCCGAAACUCUGGCCCUGACAUUGGACCUGCCUCCUCUGUCCUCGGAAGCCCGUGACUCAGUGGCUGGUUUCCGGGGUGGCCUGAUGCACCUGGGUGCUGGCCAGCGCCUGGGUGUCCACCUGAGCGCGGCUGCAGGGGCACACCUCACCUGGCAGCUGGCGCAUGGUGCCACGGUCUUGGGCCUCUAUCGAGUGGCCACCAAGGUCCCCACUGGACUCCCCUCCCCACAGCCCUCAUGAGGCACGGCCUGGGUGCCACCCCCUGGAGGGAGACUAAAUCCUGCCUUGCUUCGUUGGGACCUCUGGUGAGGGGGUCCCAGCUUCUCUACCUCACCAGGCUAGGCAGGGUUCCCAGCUGCUGACCCCCUCCUCGAGGACUCUCCAGGUUCCACUACCACUCCUGCUUCAAGCAAACCCUUGGUAUUUAUUUUGAGCCUGAGCUCAGACAGUGCACUUUUUAUUAAUUAGUUCAACUUAUAUUUAUUGAGCCUCAGCCUGUCAGGUCCUGUGUAAGCAUAGAAAAACAUCAGCAAGCAAAACAGAGAAAAAAGUCCUUAUUUAUGUUAAUAUGUGAGGAAUAAAGACUCACUCCUAGCCCCUCCCCCCACAGGAUUCGAAGGGCCAGCUUUUGGGGGGUUCUGCAGACUCUUUGUUGUGUGAGUGUCAUUCAUUCAUGCAACUUUUGUUGAUCAUCACCUAUGUGUUUUGUUGAUCAUCACCUAUGUGAUCAUCACCUAUGGCACUGUUUUAGGUGUUGGGGACACAGCUGUGAACAAGACAGACCCAAACCCCAGCUUUUGCUAAGCUGACAUCUAAUAGUCUGGCUUGACACUAACUAUGAUUGUCUGUGACUCAGUGUGACUGGGCCAUGGGGAAGAGUGUGAGAAGGUAUGUGGUACUGGAUAAUAAAAUGUUUAUAAACUUCA